UUGGCAUACCGCACAUUGCGCAUACCUCAUUGACUCAUUUCAAUUUUUUUUUGGCAUUGUGUGAAUCUUCCUCGUUGCUUUUAUAAAUCAAAUAUAUAAUUUCACCUACUUUUAAUUAAACAUUUAAAAUUCAACUAACUAAAAAAACAAUGUGUGACGAUACAAAUUUGCUCUUGUGCUAUAACCGCGGGUGUGCUGUAAAAUUUGAUCAAAUCAAUAAUCUUGAAGAUUCUUGUGUAUAUCAUCCAGGUGACCCUUUUUUUCAUGACGCCUACAAGGGAUGGUCGUGCUGUAAAAAGAAAUGUACCGAUUUUACUGAAUUUCUUAACAUAAAGGGCUGUACAAAAGGUUACCAUAAUGGUAAAAAGCCAAAAGAGCCUGAAAAGUACGUUCCAGAUAAGAAUAUCAAAGAUGAUAUUAUUGAAUAUCAUGCCCCAAAACCAGUUUCAUUACCAAGACCAUCGGCUAGUUUACCAUUGGAAAAUAUCAAACCUACUAUAUCUUCUACUCUCAUACAACAAAUGGCUUCUACUACUAUUAGCAAUACCAAUGGGAAAGAGACUAACAGUUUAACUGACAUUGCAAUUGGUACUAUGUGUAAAAACAAUGGAUGUAAACAGGCUUAUGAAGGUGCUGGGGAAGGUAACCUUUCAUGUAACCACCAUCCUGGUAUACCUAUAUUCCACGAGGGUAUGAAAUAUUGGUCAUGCUGUAAUAAAAAGACGUCAGAUUUCAAUGCAUUUUUAGAACAAGUUGGAUGUUCUCAAGGAGAUCAUUGUUGGAUCAAGGAAACGAAAACUCAAGGACAUACUAACUGCCGUUUAGACUGGCAUCAGACUGGACCCUGGGUUGUAAUAUCAAUUUUUGCUAAGAAAUAUGAUCCAAACAUUUCUUUUGUAAAAUUGUCACCUGUGAAACUGUCCGUGGAAUUAUACUUUCCUUCUGAUAAUUCGGUGUUUUCUAAAACCAUGGAAUUAUAUGGGAUUAUUGAUGUUAGUACAAGUUGUGUGUCUAUGUUGCCGACAAAAGUUGAAAUAAAACUUAAAAAAGCGGAACCAGUAUCAUGGGGAAUGUUGGAAUAUCGAAAUUAUAAAUCUUUAAAUGGUACAAACCAAUCUACAAAAUCAGAAACUAAUGUCAAAAAUGAAACUUCAAAUAACUCUGUAGAAAGUGUCGACCUUGGGGAUCUUUAAUUGAUGAGAUCUAUUGAAUAUAUUUGUAAUUUUUGGACAUAAAUUUAUCAUUACAACAAAAAUCUGUAAACCUGAUGUAAAAUUAUGUUUCUAUUUUUUUUCUUAUCAUGUAUAUAUUUUUGUUAAAAAGCAGGUAAUAAUUUUUUCUUAUUUAAACGAAAUAUUUUCCAACACAAAAAUAUCUGACUCUAUUUCCUUUCUUUUAUAAUAUUAUUUUAAAUGCUUUAAACAUAUAAUAGAACAGUUAACUUUUUAGAAAUUGUAAUUGAAUAUUUGUAUUUGCACUAAAUACAAUAAACCAUUUAAAACUCCUACAUAUUGCUUAAUGAAUUAAUACUUUACUUUUUAAAUACAUAUUGUAAUAUUUUUUUAAAGUUUUGAUUGAUUUUGAAACUAUAUAAAAUAAAUAUACACAUUUUAUUUGGAUGUAGA